AGCGCGGAGCAGGGGAGGCCGGAGCGGGGAGGCCGGAGCCGGCGUCAGCCGCGGCCGCACCAUGGGGGCCUGUCUCGGCGUCUGCUCCCUGCUCAGUUGCUUGUCCUGUCUCUGCGGAUCUGCGCCAUGCCUGCUCUGCAGCUGCUGCCCCUCAGCCAAGAACUCCACCAUCUCCCGCCUCCUCUUCACCUUCUUCCUCUUCCUAGGCACUCUCGUGUCCAUUAUUAUGAUAAUCCCCGGCGUGGAGAAGGAGCUGCACAAGCUCCCUGGCUUCUGUGAAGGCAGCGGAUCGGUCCUGGGGGUCCAGACCCAUGUCAACUGUGACAGCUUCCUGGGCCACAAAGCUGUGUACCGCAUGGGCUUCGCCAUGGCCGCCUUCUUCUUCCUCUUUGCUGUGAUCAUGGUGUGCGUGCGCAGCAGCAAGGACCCACGAGCCGCUGUGCAGAAUGGCUUCUGGUUUUUCAAGUUCCUGGUGCUGGUGGGGAUUACAGUGGGGGCCUUCUACAUCCCCGAUGGUGUCUUCACGUCAGUCUGGUUUUACUUCGGUGUGGUUGGCUCCUUCCUCUUCAUCCUUAUCCAGCUUAUCCUCCUCAUCGACUUUGCCCACUCCUGGAACCAGCUGUGGCUGCACAAUGCGGGAGAGAGCAAUGCCAAGGGCUGGUAUGCAGCCCUUUGCAUCAUCACCUUCAUCUUCUAUGCCACCUCCAUUGCGGCCAUAGUGCUGCUCUACAUCUACUACACCAAGCCUGAGGCCUGCACGGAGGGCAAGGUCCUCAUCAGCAUCAACCUUAUCCUCUGCCUCAUCAUCUCUGCUGUGUCCAUACUGCCCAAGAUCCAGGAUGCUCAGCCACACUCGGGGCUGCUGCAGGCGUCCCUCGUCACCCUCUACACUAUCUACGUUACCUGGUCUGCCCUGGCCAAUGUACCAACUCAGACCUGUAACCCCACGCUGCUGGUGAGGAACAGCACCGGCUCAGUAAUGGCCACCCAGACACUGACAACCUGGUGGGAUGCCCCGAGCAUUGUGGGGCUGACAAUCUUCAUCCUCUGCACCCUCUUCAUCAGCGUCCGCUCCUCGGACCACCUGCAGGUCAACAAGCUGAUGCUGACGGAGGAGAGUGCGGCCGGGGCUGGAGGCGAGGCAGCAGCCACGGAGAGUGGGCUGCACCGUGCCUACGACAAUGAGCAGGACGGCGUGUCCUACAACUACACCUUCUUCCACUUCUGCCUUCUGCUGGCUGCCCUCUACAUCAUGAUGAGCCUCACCAACUGGUACAGGCCAGAUGAGAGCCUGCAGGUGCUGACGAGCCCCUGGACGGCCGUGUGGGUGAAGAUCUGUGCCAGCUGGGCAGGGCUUCUGCUCUACCUCUGGAUGUUGGUGGCUCCACUGGUGCUGCUGGACCGGGACUUCAGCUAAGGUGGCCCUGGGCAUCCUCCUGCCAGGUUGGAGCCGUUGUGGCCUUGUCCCUUGAUGCUGGGGACAGCCCCAGCUCUGCCUUAGCCUCGGGUUCUGCAUGCAGGAGUGGCUGUGCUGGGUAGUGCCUUCUUGUAGGUCUUCUGUUUUAAUUUGAAAGGGAUGAAGUGCCAAGCAGGGAAAAUCAGCCAGGGCUGAGAAAGACCUGAGGAUGUUUUUAAAACUCUUGGCUUCUCCAUGUCUGUGUAUAGUGCCUUUGGCAGUACCUCCAUACCUUCUUCUAGUGGACACCACCACUUUGCCUUGGGAGGGUUUGGUUUUUACCAGUGCCCCAGGACUGUGGUGCCUUUUGGAGGGGCUUUGGGGACUGGCUGUAUCCCAGGACCCAGGGCCAGGCUUAUGUUGCGUCCACAAACAGCCUGGAGGGAAACAAAUCCGGGGGGGUUGGGGCUGGAAGCAGCUGGCCAGCUGCAUCCCCCCAGCCUUGGCGGUGGCCCCAGCUCCUCAAGGGCUCUCCUGCCCAGCUGUCCCCACAGGGAAUGGGUCUCUGGGCCCCGCCAGAGCCCAGGUCACAUUUCCUGCAGGCUGUGCUGGCCUGACCCCAGCGCCUUGCCUCAUUAAUAAAGUCUUGUUUGGAAUAAACCUGGCA